UCUCGGUCUAUUUACUUAACCUGGGCAUGCGGAGUAAAACAGCCUGGAUGAUAAAUAUCCGGAGCACGUACAUGUACGACCCCCCUUGUUACGAUGGAAGGUCAGGAUAAAUAAAUACUGCCAUUUACCUCAGACAGAAGCUUUCCAACCUCGCAAAUUAUAGCCUCCUCUCCUCUACUUAACGAAGCUGUCCCGUGGCUUGAUACCCUGAUUAGCCAUGGCGGACACUCUGCCGCUGCCGAUCCCUCCUCGAACUCCCACGCCGCCCUCAGGCGACCCUUAUUCGGGUCCAGAGAGCUUUAUGGUGAUGUCAUCAAUGAAGAGCUAUGAUCGGAAUACCUUGUCGCCAAUGGUGAACACUUUCUCAGCUUUUGGGACUCUAGACUCGUCCCAGAACUCGGCCAUGGGUUCUGCGGAAAACAUGCAAGGACCUUUUAAUUUCAAACCGACCGCUCUCGCGAAGAGCCCUAUAACAAAAUCGAAUGUGGGCCAGAGACGGGGACACAAGUAUAAACAUAGCAGCGUAUCCCACCAGAUAUUCUUAGAGCCCCCGCCUAGGUCGCCGAUGCCCUUACCGAACUCCCUGCCAAUCCCAACAUGGGGAGAAUGUCUGGGGAGCAUGUCAAAUGACCAGAGAAUCCGGUUUUGGUGGAGCGUAUGCCACAUGGUGGUGGCUGGUUAUACGCUGUGGACCGCCCAUGGCUCUAUGGCCAUGACCGGGCUAUCACAUCUUAUACUCUUCGACUCACUGGGCGCCAUGCUCUGCGUAGUCGUUGACAUACUUGGAAACUUUGAGGUGUGGAAACGGUCGAGUAUUCGUCAUCCUUUCGGCCUGGAGCGCGCGGAAGUCGUUGCAGGGUUUGCUCUAUCCGUGCUACUAUUCUUCAUGGGGGGAGAUCUAAUUUCGCAUACGGUCCAACAUUUGCUGCAAAAUUCAGGGCACGAGCCCCAUCAUUCCCACUCUCACCCGCGAGUUUCACCGGGGAGCGUCGAUAUCACGGCUCUACUGGCGAUAACGGCUACAUUGAUAUCCGCGAUCGCUUUGAAAAACCACGCAAGGAUUGGCAAAGCUAUCCGUUUUGCCUACAUCGAAUCCCUACCUUCUAUCCUUAGCAACCCGGCUCACUUCCUGACGCUUUCAUGCUCAACGAUUCUCCUCUUGCUUCCGCUAUUGUCCGUGCAAAUGUAUCUAUGGUUGGAUCGAAUCCUCUCUUUCACCGUUGCCAUCUCCAUGUGCGUUUUUGGCGUUCGUCUAGUUAAAACACUUGGAUCCAUGCUUCUGAUGUCGUACUCUGGCUCCGGAACUUCUGAUGUUCUGAGAGACAUUUCCAGCCACCCAGCUGUGUCGGAGAUUGAAGAGGCAAAAUUCUGGCAGGUCCACUACGGUCUGUGCAUAGCAUGUAUCAAACUACGAGUGGCUGGCUCAGAGGAAAGCUUGGCCAGAUUGCGAGAGAGGAUCAUCAGCAUGAUAAAAAAUCGAUUAGGGGGCGGGUACGGUGCAGGUGGCCAGAAAUGGGAAGUGUCCGUACAGUUUACGGUUGAGCAGGGUUAAAGUGGAUAGAUAUAUUUAUAACUUGAUACAUAUACCCCAUUAAUGUUUUGCAAGCUGAUGAUAAUAGGAAUAGCUCAAUUUUUUCCAUAUAUUUUUCUUGUCUUCAUAACUUCCUUCUUGUUCUCUAUCUCCAGCACUGGUUAACUGUCUUUUCCUGGGUUAAAUCAAGCUGGGUUGCUACCCCCUUAGUAUUUUAUUCGGAGAAUAACAUAUCCUCCAUCUAAUACGCAUGCCUUCCUGGUAAUUUGUAUACAGAAGCCCCCGUUUCGACAAGUUUAUCAAUCCAUCCAUAAGCUCGUGGCCUUUUUCGGAUAAAUAAUAUUAUCAAUGACUCCCGUGCUGGAUUGUAUCAACCAGCUUUUCCGCAGCGCUACCAGUCCCACACGCGCCUCUGGCUUGAAGAUGACCCUCGUAGCCCAUAAUUAUUUACUGGGCGACCUCAUGGUGUGAAACGAACGCCCUAAAUGAACCACAGACGAGGACCACCCCGCCCACAAGCAGAGGAGAAGUAAGUGGCUGCAAACGUCAAUGAAUAUUUGCCUUGCUUCAAUUGAUUUUGGCUUUCUUUGCUGGCUAUGUACAUACGCAAUAUCUCAAUGAUUUCUGAUCAAUCUUUGAAUACCAACAGCUUGGACCACCAAAGACUAAAAGACUGAAAAGUUCUGAAUAACAG